AUGUCAUUGUGUCCACUCCUCUCCUGCAGCGCUCAGGAACUCUCCCAGGAGAUCAAGUCCUUCAUCAGCGGCGUUGACACGGUUCAGGGCCGGAAGCUCAGUGUCCGGGAACACGCCCGCUGUGCUGUGCGUCUGCUGCGCUCGGUCCCGGCCUGUCGGGGGGCAGUGCUGGAGCAUCUCAGGGGCGUUUAUGAUGAGCACGUCUCCGCCUUCCUGCACAACCUGGAGACGGAGAGUGACGCCGGCUCCAGCUCCAACCUGGAGGACAUCAUACAGGAGGUCCAUGGCGUGCUGUCAGAGUUCAUCCGUCUCAACCCUCGGGCCUGGGCGCCUCUGGUGUCCACCUGGGCUGUGGACCUGUUGGGGCAGCUGAGCAGCAAACACGCUGGCCGCAGGGUGGCCCCUCACGCCUCCAGCCUCAACGAGCUGCUCCAGCUGUGGAUGUCCUGUGCCGCCACCCGCUCCCUCAUGGAGGCCUACUCUCAGUGUUUGGCCGCCAUGCUGGCCUGGUGCCCCGACGCGUGUGUGGAUGCGCUGUUGGACACGUCAGUUCAGCACUCUCCGCAUUUUGACUGGGUGGUGGCUCACAUCGGCUCUGCCUUCCCGGGUACUAUCAUCAGUCGAGUCCUGGCGUGCGGACUCAAAGACUUCUGCUCUCAUGGCGCCAAGGAUCAAGGGUUAAUGGUGAUGGGCGUGGACAAAGGCAGCAGAGUGCCAAAGAUUGGCUCGGUGGUGGGAAUCCUUGGACACCUUGCAGCGCACCACUCAGACAGCAUCAGGAAGGAGCUUCUCAGGAUGUUUCAGGAGAGCCUGAGUCCGUCGAGUCCGCUUUCUCCCACCUCAUCUUCAACAUCCUGGGAGAGUUCCCCUCAGCUCCGCCGUGCUGCAGUACCGUUUCUGCUGCAGCUGGCUGCAAUGUCCCCCAACCUGUUUGGUGCGGUGUCUGCGGAGCUGGUGGAGCUGCUGCGCCCUCCCGUGCUGCUUCAGCUGCAGGUGUUGCUGCAGGGCCUCCCCAGAGAGGAGCUGGACAACAUGCUGGGGCUGGCCGUCCACCUCAUCAGCCAGAGCCCUUCAGGAGGGUCGCGAGUCCUCCGUUUCCUGGCAGACACGGCGACCCCGGCCUCAGUCAUCAUCUCCGGCCCUACUCCCUCCCCUCACGAAGGAGUCAGAGAAGGUUGCGAUCGCCUCCUCCAGAUGCUGCUGCUGCAUCUCCACAAACUGGUCUUCAACCGCUCCGACGGAGCUGAAGUGAACCCCCAUCACUCGCCGUCCUUUCAGCCCCAAAGGGUCAUCCCCUUCUUGGAAGAGCUGCAGUCUCACGUCGGAGAGCUCUGUGCCGAGACGCUGCGACUGGAAAGGAAGCGUCACCUCUGGCUGCACCAGUUGCUGUGUCUCCUGUCAGUGUAUGGGGGCCCCAACGUGGCCACUGAGGCCCUCUGCCAGCUGCUCACACAGGCCCACAACCCAGAGGAGCUGGCUCUGGCCUGGCAGCUCCACACCACGCUCUCCUCUUGCAUGGCGGGACUCAUUCCUGCCGCUGUAGCUCGCUGUGUGGCCCAGAUCCACACACACACUCUGGGGCCCCGGCAGCUGCGGCAGCUGUUGCUGAACCUGGCCGCAGCCAUCCAGAGUCAGGAUGAGGAGAGAAGAGGUGCAGCAGGUGUUCAGUCCUCCAUGGCGAUCCAGGUGGGCUCGGCGGUCUCGGGACACCUGCAUGAUUUUGGCCCGCUCCUCCUCCACGGUGACCCGGCUGUGUCUCAUGCUGCAGUGCGCCUCCUAUCCUGUAGCCCACUCCCUCGCACCUCCUCCCCAGCACACCUGCUCCUGCUCUCCCGUGCUGCCGUCACUCAUUUCUUUCUGGCGCUGAGGAGAAGAGGAGAAACAGGGAAGGUGGGGAGAGACGGGGGACAGGCAGCCGAGGCGGUGAACUGCUCUGUCCUCCUCCUGUCCCGGUUCGCAGCGUAUUCUCCGCUCACCCUCAAAGCGGUGCUUCAGCAGCUGGUUGAGGGAGCGCUACAUAAAGGCAACGCUGGCCUGUUUGGAGGGCAGAUCGCAGACAUGUCUGGCGCCCCUUUGCCUUCACCGUCUGUGUCUCCAGACAUCGGGGCCUCUUUGCUGGAUAUCAACUGUCGGUUCGGUACCACCGUCAACUUUUCUGGCAGCGUGUGGUCGGUGUUUCAUGCCGGAGUGAUUGGCAAGGGGCUAAAGGCCCGCUCUGAGGCACAGCUGCCUGACCCAUCGGGGGUCAUGCAGAACAUCCAGACUCUGCUGGCUGUCGUGGUCCAGUGUUGCAGCUCCUCCGGUCUCAACGGCUCAAUCAACGGCUCCCGACCACCAUCUGACCCUGAUGAGCCGUUGCCCAUCAACGCCGAGGCAGCCAAGGUUGUUGCAGUUACAUUAGUUGAAAACGUCUGUCCAGAUGUGGCCAACGGUGAGCUGUCCUGGCCCCCGGAGGAGCACGCCCGCACCACGGUGGAGCGAGACAUCCACAUUCGCCGUUGCUUUGAGGCCCACCCGGUGCUCUUCCCUCUGCUUCAGGUGGUGGCGGCUGGACGUCCGGCUCUCUGCUACUGCUCAGCCGUGCUCAGAGGUCUCCUGGCCACUCUGCUGGCCCACUGGGAGGCGUCCCGCGAGGCGUUGUCCACAGACUCCCCGUGGCACCUCCAGGCUUCCUGUCUCCUGGUGUCCUGCAUGGGAGAGGGUCAACUCCUGCCGCCCGUGCUGGCCAACGUCCAUGAAGCAUUCCCCCACCUCACUCCCUUUGAAGUGAGGCUGCUGCUCCUGGCCGUGUGGGAGUAUGUCAGAGGCAACGGGCCCUUGCCCCAGAAGUUUGUGUUUAGCUCGGAAAAAGGGCUGUUCUGCAGAGAUUUCUCACGUGACGGUGACGUGGCGCGAUACGUGGCACCGAUUCACAGCGUUCUACAUAAAAACAUUGACAGAUUGGGACACCUGUGCUGGCGUUUCCAGCUCUAAAAGGCAGUGGAGAUCAAACUGUGCAGAGCAGGUGGCAAAAGGAUACAUAGAGACUGUUAAAUAGUUGGAAAACUGUGUUACAUUGCUCCAAGAUCGGACUGCAGAGUUACUGCCACUGUACUUCAGUUUCAAGUAUAGCUGUGUGCAUGUGUGUGUGUGUGUGUGUGUGUGUGUGUACCUUUUGUACCAUAUUUUUAGAUCUGAUUUGUUUCUAUGAGAGACAAGGAGACGAGAAAUGGCACACAUGUAUAUGAUGUUAAUACAGAAUUUGCUCCACACAACAUACAGCCUUAAUGUGUCAUUUUAGCUGGAAAAUACAACGUUGGUAAUGUAUAGAUGUUUUUGUAUCAUUUUCAGAUGUCUAACACACACACUGCCUUGUGUUUUGUUAUCCACCCAAAACUGUUGU